AUGUCAAGUUCCAUGUCCUACUGGAUGUUAACCUCUGCGAGAUACAGCAUAGCCGCGCUGCAAAGGGGCAGGCGUUUGUACUCCAGAUAUGUCUUGUCCAGAAGUCCAUCAAAAUGGAAGCCCUUCUUGCAGGGACCACCCGCCCUAAGAGAUGAAGUCCUGAGGGGUGGUUUGGCACUGCCAAAAGCCUGCAGACAUAUAUCAACAGAGGAAGAUUUCAACCUGCAGCUCAGCCCUGCGCAGGUCAAUGAGGUGCUUCGUGCCGGCGAGCUGGUGUAUCAGCCUCUUUCCCUCCCCGGUGGAGCCCCAAAUCCGGUGCUGCGGUUUGAGAGCAACCAGCUGGCCGCCAAUUCCCCCGUCGAGGACCGGCGGGGCGUGGCCUCCUGCUUGCAGACCAGUGGCCUGAUGUUUGGCAUCUUCGAUGGACAUGGGGGUCACGCAUGUGCGCAAGCCGUGAGCGAGAGGCUCUUCUAUUAUGUGGCGGUGUCCCUGAUGUCCCAGCAGACCCUGGAGCAGAUGGAGGAGGCUGUGGAAAACAUGAAGCCCCUGCUGCCCAUCCUGCAGUGGCUCAAGCACCCAGGGCAGAGCAUCUACGAGGAUGUCACAUCAGUGCAUCUAGACCACCUGCGGGUCUAUUGGCAGGAGCUGCUCGACCUGCACAUGGGGAUGGGCCUGAGCACAGAGGAGGCCUUGGUACACUCCUUCCAGAGACUAGAUUCUGACAUCUCGCUGGAAGUCCAGGCUCCCCUGGAAGACGAGAUGGCCAUGAACUUGUCGCUGCAGGUGGCCUUCUCUGGAGCAACGGCGUGCAUGGCUCACAUCGAUGGGAUACACCUGCAUGUGGCAAAUGCUGGCGACUGCCGGGCCGUCCUGGGUGUGCAGGAGGACAAUGGCCUGUGGUCUUGUGUGCCCCUUAGCUGUGAUCACAAUGCCUGGAACCCGGCCGAGUUGUCCCGGCUGAAGAAGGAGCACCCGGCAUCAGAAGACAGGACCAUCGUCAUGGAGGACAGGCUGCUGGGCGUCCUGAUGCCCUGCAGAGCCUUCGGAGAUGUUCAGUUCAAGUGGAGCCAGGAGCUGCAGCGCAGCGUCCUGGACAGGGGCUUUGACACGGAGGCCCUCAACAUCUACCAGCUCAAGCCCCUCCACUAUUACACUCCCCCUUACCUGACAGCCCGGCCCGAGGUCACCUACCACAAGCUGAGGCCCCAGGAUAAGUUCCUGGUGCUGGCCUCUGAUGGCCUUUGGGACAUGUUGAGCAACGAGGAUGUGGUGAGGCUCGUGGUGGGGCACCUGGCUGAGGUGGGUGGGCACAACAAGUCCGACCUGGCCCAGGGACGUACCAACCUGGGGCUCAUGCAGAGCCUGCUGCUACAGAGGAAAGCCCGCGGGUUGCCCAUCACCGACCACAAUGCUGCCACACAUCUGAUCAGGCACGCUCUUGGGAGCAAUGAGUACGGGGAGAUGGAGGCCGAGCGGCUGAAUGCCAUGCUGACGCUGCCCGAGGACUUGGCGAGGCUGUACAGGGAUGACAUCACGGUCACCGUGGUGUACUUUAACUCUGAUGCACUGGAUGCGUAUUACAAGGGUGGUUAAAGGGUCUUCUAGCCCACGGCCACGGUGAAAGAAAAUGCUCUUCCAAACCUUUUCAUGCAUUCCUAAGCAAGC